AUGACGUUUCAGUCUCUGGCAGACCCCGGAAGUGCACUCGAACUUGUUCGGGGCGCGGAUCCCGAGAGAGAAAGUCAUUAACAACCGCACGAGGGAGUUCGACUGAAGAGCUGGAAGGCCACGCCUCCUCCCGCCUCACCCCGCAGCCCUGUAGCUGGGGGAAGAGCUCAGACUGUCUUCUGAAGAUUGAUGUCUAUUUCCUUGAGCUCUUUAAUUUUGUUGCCAAUUUGGAUAAACAUGGCACAAAUCCAGCAGGGAGGUCCAGAUGAAAAAGAAAAGACCACAGCACUGAAAGAUUUAUUAUCUAGGAUAGAUUUAGAUGAACUAAUGAAAAAAGAUGAGCCACCUCUUGAUUUUCCUGAUACCCUGGAAGGAUUUGAAUAUGCUUUUAAUGAAAAGGGACAGUUAAGACACAUAAAAACUGGGGAACCAUUUGUUUUUAACUACCGAGAAGACUUGCACAGAUGGAACCAGAAAAGAUACGAAGCCCUAGGAGAGAUCAUCACAAAGUAUGUUUACGAACUCCUAGAAAAGGAUUGUAACUUGAAAAAAAUCUCUAUUCCAGUAGAUGCCACUGAGAGUGAACCAAAGAGUUUUAUCUUUAUGAGUGAGGAUGCUUUGACAAAUCCACAGAAACUGAUGGUUUUAAUUCAUGGUAGUGGUGUUGUCAGGGCAGGUCAGUGGGCUAGAAGGCUUAUUAUAAAUGAAGAUCUGGACAGUGGCACACAGAUACCAUUUAUUAAGAGAGCUGUGGAUGAAGGAUACGGUGUAAUAGUUCUGAAUCCCAAUGAAAACUAUAUUGAAGUAGAAAAGCCAAAGAUACGUGUAAAAUCAUCUUCUGAUAGUUCAUAUGAACCAGCAGAAAAACGGGAAAGAAAAGAUAAAGUCUCUAAAGAAACAAAGAAGCGACGUGAUUUCUAUGAGAAGUAUCGUAACCCUCAAAGAGAAAAAGAAAUGAUGCAGUUGUAUAUCAGAGAAAAUGGUUCUCCUGAAGAACAUGCGAUCUAUGUGUGGGACCAUUUUAUAGCCAGGUCUGCAGCUGAGAAUGUAUUUUUUGUUGCUCACAGCUAUGGAGGACUUGCUUUUGUUGAACUGAUGAUUCAACGAGAAGCAGAUGUAAAAAGUAAGGUAACUGCUGUGGCGUUGACAGACUCUGUUCACAAUGUGUGGCAUCAAGAAGCUGGCAAAACGAUUCGAGAAUGGAUGAGAGAGAACUGUUGUAAUUGGGUCUCGAGCUCAGAACCGUUAGACACAUCAGUGGAGUCCAUGCUGCCUGACUGUCCCCGAGUCUCAGCAGGCACCGACCGUCACGAACUCACUUCCUGGAAGAGCUUCCCGUCUAUUUUCAAAUUUUUUACCGAAGCCUCUGAGGCCAAGACCAGUUCCCUCAAGCCGGCUCUGACGCGGCGCUCGCACCGAAUCAAGCAUGAAGAGCUGUAAGAGGAGAGCGAGCGAGACAGGGGAGGGGACGCCCAGGACCCACACUCGAGCAUGCAUCCACCCGGCUCCUAACUGCUUGUCGUCGGCGAGCAGACUCCCAGCCCCUCAUUAGAUUGUUUUCUUCCUAGAGCACAGGGUCGUGAUAUAUACAUCUAAAUAGCGUUUUGCAUUAUUUCUAGAUGAGUGCAACUGUCAAAGCAAUAUGGGUUCACUGGUCGUGCUUCCUGCGGGCUGAGCUCGGGCUUCGCGCUGCCCGUCAGCGCGCAGAUUAAGGCUGACAGCGCCCUGCCUGACGCGGCCCGCGCUCCUCUAAUUGCCCUGACGAAGCCCGCGCCGGCGCUGCGGGGCUAGCGGCGUCUGCGCGGUCCUACAGCCCGCUGCAGCGCACCACUGCUCCCCCACCCUCGAGCCCUGGCCCCCCUUAAUCGGGUCCAUUUUUUUUCUUCUCCGAACCAGAGCAAACUUUUAUUCUAGACUUCAAACUUACUUUUUAAAGUAGGUUUUUCUCUGAGGGCGUCUAUGUCUCUUGUUUUAAGGAAGUUCUCCCCGCCCCUCACACCCAGAAAAGCCAAAUUUAAAUUCAGAACAUGAAUGCCAUGAUAUACUAUGUAGUUUUGGGAGCGCAAAUUGUUCUCUCCCUAACAGUCUAUUUUCAUUCAGAGACCAGGAAAAAAACUUUUGCAUAAAAGUCUAUAAAAUGCUAAAUCCACAUUACCGCUGAAAAUCCUUGCCAGUUGAAUAUGAGAUUUUUUUCACUAGUCUCUAAUUUCACAAGAGAUUGUUUCAACCAAAACAUAGCGAUGAGCAAAUCUUUUACAUUUCUGUGUGAAAGACCCUCCCUCUUUUCAAUGGACUUUCCAACUUUAUCAUUAGAUUUGACUUGACUUUUUAAAUAUAUAAUGUAUAUUGAGUGGCAUUGUAAUUUAGAUAGCAUACUUGUUUCGCUUUUUUAAAUCUUAAUGUGGAGAAAGUUUAUUGUUAUUAAUCCUAACUAGAAUGAUCUAUUCUGAUCUUUCCUGGAGUUUGACCCUUUUAGGGAUAGAAUUUUUUGUCAUUAAGAAAGUGAACCUGUGUACUCGAGCCUUUUCCUUCUGAAAGGCUAAGUUGGUCUAAAAUGAUUCUUUUAGUUUUCUGCUCCACAGAAAGGGAAAGACCUGGUGUGAAAGUUGAUCUCCUCAGUGCAGUGGUAUAAUUUUUAAUAGUACACUUCCUCUGUAGGGUUUUGCCCUACAGCUUCAACAAUUGUCUUUUGAUCCAGCUAAGAUCUGGCCAACACUGUGAAAUAUAAGAGGUAAAAUAAGUUAAGAUUUUGCUGAUUUUUAUAUUCAAAUGUUAAACCUUAACGUUAUCAGUUUUUAAUUACCUAGUGAAGAUUCUGUUUCUAAUGGAUGAGAAUCAGAAUUUAAUAUUCAUCCGUUUUUAAAGUAUAUGCAACAAUAUGCCUCUCUUAUUUAAGGACAUGAUAAAAUGUAUCCAAAAUGACUUAGAACUGACUCCUCAAAAAAAAUUUAAUUAAAAUAACCACCAUAUGGAUAAAAUGUUUUUGUAUUACGAACCGAUUUCAGCAAGUUUUUAAAGCGAUAAUAUCUCUGGUAUACAAGUAUAUUAAUUAGUUAUUAUAGUUUCGAUGAUGGCAAAUUAAAGUGAUCUUUUUUCAGUAGUCAUAUAUGCAUAUAUUUUGAGGUUAUUUUAGCAUAAACAACAUAGGAAAAAUCAAAAUGUCAUCUAGCUCUCAGAUAGCUUAAAAUGUGUAACCCCACCAAUGUCAAGCCUGUUGUUCUGCAAUCUUUUCUAUUUUAGAAGAAGUGGUGAACUGUAUAAAAUAAUGGUACCUUCCAUUGAGAAGAUUUGAGAAUCGAUGUGAAUCGAAUAUAUUUUUCAAAGUGUUAUAAAUUGUGUGGCGUUUUCAGUACAUGAAAAUGUUCACAGGAAACUAAUUUUGUUGCAUUUUUUUAAAAUCGGCACUUUUGCAGUGCUAAAUUUGUGAAGCUUCUGCAGCUGAAUUAGAGCAAAGUAAAUAUGCUCAGUUUAUAAAUAAAAUCACUCCUUUUCUGUAAUUUUCUCACCUCUCUUUUUAAAAACCUUUGCUUUUAACUAGAGUAAAUCGCUGUUUAAUUGCCUUUAAGACUUUAAAACUACUGGAUUGUUAGGCGUUAUUUAACUAUCUAUAGAGAGCUAUUUGCAAACUUAAGUUGUGUAAAUUUAAUUUCUACUUGUGGAUCUGAGCUGUAGCCACCCAGAGAGAGCUAGGCAAACCAUCCCAGACCUCCAACUGCUAACCGAUAAGAUUCCUUGUAAUGUAGGAUUUUUUAACCUGUUGAUUAUGGGUCUUUUGGUAUAAAUGUAAUAAUAUCAUUCACCUCAAUUUUCCUGGAGUAACAACAAUCAGUUAGUAGUAAGUAGCCCGCCUGCUUGGAGGUGACAAGUGUUAAUAUUUCUGCUCUGAUCUUCUCCUCCUCAUUUUGGUUUCUUCUUUGGUUUUGAGAUAGGUAGAGGUUUAAGUUAGGAUGUGGGUUUGUUCGUUUUAAUUAUAUAUUUGGUUCUUAGAGUUAGUAGAAUGAGAAUCAAGGAGUUAGUGAUAAAUCUAAGAUUCAAAAUAGUCCUGUUAAAACUUAAAAGCCAGGUAUUGGCUUUGGAGCUUUCUAAAGGUACCUAACCAUGCAGCCAUUAAAAGUUUUUAUGGAUUUUUGAAGGGGGUAGAAAUCUACUUGUAACAAUUGUUUUUUUUUUCCUCAAGUUUCUGCCUUGUGCUUCAGCCUGGAUUGCAUUAUUGUUUAUACCCCCUCCCUCCAAAAAAUUAAGUAAAGCACAGGAGUUUUCUAUAUAUUAUAUAUUUCUGUUUACCAUUUUUAAAUAAAAACAAUUUUCCCAACAAACAGCAGCGUAUUAUUCUUGCUCAGAAGUUCAUUUUCUCGUGUAUAGAGAUUAAUAAAAGCAGAAACCUAAGAAGAAUGGUGAGAUGUCGUCAAUCCUUUACACCUUAUAGGUGCUUACUAUUACUAUUAUUGUUGCUAUAUGGUAAUAUCCUAACUCCAGUUGAGUCAAUAUUUGGCUUGGACCUUUCACAAAGCUAACAUUUUUUUAAUACAUCUGUUUUUAACAUCUUAAAUGUUUUCUUAGCUACUUGGAAAUUAGAACCUGUUAAACUAUCAUUUUAUAAAGUACAGUUUAGUAUACAGUAAAUAAAUGUGUUUUCCAAAAGGAGUCUGAUCAGAUUAAAUUGUUUCCAAAUCCUUAUAUAAAUAAAUCCCUGAUGUAUUAUGACAUCUAAUCUGAAAAUAUCUUCUUUACAUUUAUUUUACAGCUUUUUCUUCUUUAAAACCUAUAACUCCUUUGAGAGAGUGUGGGUGACAGAAUGUUAACUAUAUUAUCAGUGCUGAUAAGAUUUUUUUCAUGUUUCUCUGGAUUAUCUGGCGUUCCAAUCCAAAUACAUGUGUGUCUGCUGUCAUAAUUAUAGUUUGUAACUCUAAACUGACAGGUUCAUUUUGGUGUUUGUAGUUCUGAUUCAUUUUAGAAAGAUUACUAUUACAGAAAGUUUAAAAUUUAUCUCCAAAACUUUCCCUAUGCCUCUGUAGAGAAAAAUGUCUUUAAAUAAAUGUAAAACAUUCUCAUCUUUGAAA